UAUAUGUAUGUAUAUCAUUAACGCCGGUUUUUAUGAACCAAUGCCACAAAUAUUUUCAUUCCUUACUAAUUUUGCAUAGUUUUUCAUUCAGGAAUAAAAUCAUUAUGAUAAUUUUUUCAUUGAUGAUAAUUCGAUAAUAUAGUAUUGAGUCAAUUUAAUAUGAUGGGUUAUAGUACUUGGGUAGUAAUUGUUUUUUUGUUUACAAGCAUUACUCACAGCUAUUCUGUAGGGUCUAAUAUAUUACAAUCCUCGCGUUUUAUACAACGAAGGAAUAAUUCUAAUGGAAUAAACAACGAGGACAAUUGGAGCUCUAAAAAAUCCGAAUCCUCAAAUGAGAGAAUAAGUGAAAAAAAAUGCAGAGAAUACCAAUAUGAGCACUCCCAUUCAAAACUAUUGGGUACUGACGACAUUCCGAAGUCCGAGUGUUCUCUAUCGAUUGAUUCCAGAAUAUCUGGUGGUCGGGGUGUCCUAGGGGAAGACUUUCCUCAUAUGGUUGCACUCGGAUGGUUCGAGAAGCACUUGAAGUUCAUACAUCGAUGUGGAGGCAGUCUAAUAUCUGAGAAAUGGAUUCUGACAGCUGCACACUGCACCGACAAUUUUUUGAAAAAAAGAGGAGUUGCACGUUUGGGAAUCAGCAGAUUGAGUGCCAUCAGAUCAGGAGUAAUUAUUGGAGUUGUAAAAAUCAUUCGGCAUCCGAACUACAAACACCCAAGACUGUACGGAGAUAUUGCUCUAAUGGAACUUGCAAGAGGAGUUAAAUUAUCUGAUAAAAUAAAACCCGCAUGUCUGUAUUCGAGUUUGGGAGUUCUACCCGAGGUAGUGUCAGCAACUGGAUGGGGAUCCCUGGAAUUUGGAAACGAACAAGUUCAGGAUAAUUUACGAAUGGUGAAACUGAAGACCAUCGACACAUUAACCUGUGCAUUAGCUUAUAAUCAAACAAUAGCAAUUCCUCAUGGAAUUGUUCCUAGCAUGUUAUGUGCAGGUGAUCCUCAGGGUGGAUGGAAAGGAGACACAUGUAGGGGAGACUCUGGAGGUCCACUGCAAAUUUUUAAUGCAAAAAAUUGUGCACAUGUCAUCGUGGGAAUUACCAGUUUCGGUAAACUAUGUGGUACACCAGAAUUCCCAGGUGUUUAUACACGAGUCGCUUAUUAUCUUGAUUGGAUCGAAUCGAUCGUGUGGCCUUGAUCAUAUUUUUAAUAAACAUCUCUUGAUGUUGUUUUAUAUUAAACAUGUCUGUAUUAUAUUUUUUUAAUAAAAAAACACGAGGAAUUUCACUCAAACACGAAAAAUC